AUGCCAUGCCAUGCACAUGACGCCGACGACGACUCGCUAGCCCCCCGCUGGACCACCACACGACCACUUCGGUCCCAGACACAGAUUGCACUCGACAAAAGCAGACGGCUCUCCAAGUGGCCGCAUCCGUGCGCGCACGGCGCGGCUACCCUGAUAAUUCACGCCUUCUUCCGCGCCCGGAUCACGUCGUCCAAGUGGGCCCGUUGGGAAAAGGUGGGGCCAGGGCAUGCGUCAUGCAACACCGUGAGCGAACUAGACGCCCUGCCGAUCUACGAACCUAGGUUCCUCGCUUCAUCGCCUAUCCUCCUCCUCUGUGUACUGCCCGCCCUACCACCCAUCUUUUAUGCACUCCCACCCCCGACGCCCGUCCAGACCGAGUCUCCUGCACCCUGGCCCGCCCACGCCUUGACGUGUAUACACCCAGCCUGCACGCUGCCACGUCCACCCACUCUGUCGGCCGCACAGUGGCAUUGUGGAACAAAGGAUCCGUUCCCAUGGGGCCUUCUGCAUAAGACACUGCUGCCAUCUGCAAAGACUCGCCCAGUCAGUCCAUUUGCAACUUUAUUGCCAACCCGGAAUCUGCUCCUUCAUCCCACUCUGCCAAUCCCAGUACGGAACACCCACCUCACCGUCCCCCUUGGCCACCCUCUACCAACGUCGGCCCCGUCCCGAGCACAACCGCUCGGGUAUAAUCCCUAAGCGACCAAACAGGCCCACUGCCAUACACCCAUCACAUUGGCCUACGCAUAUACGGGCCCAUCUCAACGGCAAUAAGCCCCCCCUCUGCCGGCACAUGUCGGUAUGCCGACUUUGCAACCACACAUGCUAUACAUACACACACGCACCUACGUAGCUGAUAGCGGACCGGGCGUUGGGUGUGUGCUGCACUGCGGUGUGAGUGGACCAACUUGCAUGCAGAAAUGCUCACCGAUGCUGCAGCUUCACAAAUCGCUGGGCCCGGCUUCGUUUGUAUGCCAUUGCAAUAUGGCAUUAUUGCUUUAUUUUGCCCCAGAGAUACCUGCGUCUUGAGGCCCAAAUCGCCUAAUCGCCACCCAUAGACAUGCGUCCUGUAGACCACAGAUACUCGGUUAAUCCCACCACGCUCUUGGAAUAGCACCAACCAGGGGACCCCUG